AUGGCCGCCUUGGAAUGUUUGCGAGACAUAGGCCUUGAUGACGAGUGCAUGAAGGCUGCCAGCGGAGGAGACAACAUGACCCAUACACGAUGGUGCAAGACCAUGACUGGAGAAGAAUAUGCUCGAAUACAUUCCUGGGGAAAUGAUCCAAACAGGCAUGGGGACUAUGAAGCAGCGAGUCCUUGUAGCCACGUCGAUUUGCCUCAGACAUUGUUAGAACCCAUUCUUACUCGAAGGGCUAUCCACACGGGAUGGACGGUGAGAUUUAACACAACGUUUGUGAAAUUCACCCGGCCGUCCCCCCAUAUCGUCGUGAGCGACGUCAGGGAUGAAGUGCUCGGCCUGACGUACAAGAUUGAAUCCAAAUAUCUCUUUGCUUGUGAUGGUGCUAGAAGUCAAAUCGUUCGACAGCUCCAAAUCCCUCUCAUUAGGAAGCCAGGCCAGGGCGUUGCGCUGAACAUCCUUGCCAGAGUGAACAUGACGCACCUCAUGAAGACACGAACAGGAAAUUUGCAUUGGAUCUUCGACCCCACGAAAGAACAUCCGGAGUGGGCGUCCAUGUGCAUCCUUCGCAUGGUUAAGCCGUGGUAUGAAUGGAUGUUCAUUGUUCUCCCUGUCCCAGGAGUCGAUCCUUCUGUGGCGAACUGGGAGGAGCGGAAAGAAGAGUACUUGGAAAGAAUCAAAGCGUGGGUUGGGGAUGAUUCACUUGAUGUCGAGAUCCUCAACGUGAGCAAGUGGACUAUCAACGAGAUUGUGGCUAAGUAUUAUUCCGAUGGCAACAUUCAUUGCUUGGGAGAUGCAGUGCACCGUCACCCACCUUUUAACGGUCUCGGCUCAAACACAUGCAUUCAAGAUGCCUUCAAUCUAGCUUGGAAAAUAGCCUAUGUCGAGAAAGGAAAGGCAGGCAAUUGCCUUUUAAAUACAUACAGCCCAGAGCGCCAGCCUGUGGGAGAAAGCGUAAUUACACGGGCCAAUCAGGGCCUCCGCGACCACUUGCCAUGGCAAGAAGCCAUAGGGAUGAACGAACCGGACGUAGAAGUUCGCAAAGAGAUAGUUGCCGAGUUCGACGAUCCCGGGCCCAAGGGGCGAGCGAGAAGGGAGGCCUUCCAGAAGGGCAUCGCCAAUACCGCAACCGAAUUUCACGGCCUUGGAAUAGAGAUGAACCAACGCUACGCGUCAAGCGCGGUCUAUCUCGCUGACGAGACCGGCCCGGUGCCUCUGCCGAACCAGAAAGAUGAGAAGGAGAAGGUGUUGAGACAUGUCAUCACGACAUACCCGGGAUCUCGCCUGCCGCAUGCCUGGAUCAACACGCGAGCUCCCGGCACACCGCUGUCAACGAUCGACCUUGCUGGACACGGCAGGUUCACGCUGAUAACUGGACCAAGCGGCAGAACUAAUUGGACUGAGGCUGCAAAGCAGGUGAGCGAAGCGCUUGGCGUGGAGAUCAAAGCCUAUUCGCUCGGCUGGAAACAAGACUAUGAGGACGUGUACUCGGACUGGGCCAAGCGCAGGGAGGUUGAAGAAGAUGGAUGCGUUCUCGUGCGACCAGACAGGUUUGUCGCGUGGAGGUCGAUUACCAUGAUAGAUGAUUGCUCUGGCAAACUGCUCAGAGUCAUGAAGAGCGUGCUUUCACUACAAGAUUUGGCAGCAUAG